AUGGCGGCACGUCAAGGACGCAGAUUUUUGAGGCCAUUGCUCUAUACCUCAACAGCGGUCGCUGUAGGUGGCAGCGUUCUCUAUAUUUCCUAUCGUCCGAGAGAAAUCCCGGGCUCAGAACCUGCAGCUGUACCUCCUCCGACAUACGGGGAGGGAGGCACAUUCUCUCCGCCACGCUUUCCUCUUGUAAAGUCAAGAGAUGAGCAAAUAGCGGCUUUGAAGGCGAGCAGUGGCGAGGUUGACCCCGCCACUCAGAAGCAUGGAGUCAUGGAUUGGUUCCAAGAGCGAAAAGCCAAGGGAUUACCGGAGUCCGCCAAAAGCCCGGAAGAGCCAUAUGAUCUGCUAGUGAUCGGUGGUGGCGCGACGGGCUCAGGUAUUGCGCUUGAUGCUGCCACUCGAGGUUUGAAAGUCGCCUUGGUGGAGCGAGACGACUUUAGCAGUGGAACGAGUAGCAAAAGCACAAAACUUGUCCACGGUGGUGUACGAUACCUUGAGAAAGCUGUUUGGGAAUUGGAUUACAAUCAGUACAAACUUGUCAAAGAGGCUUUGCGCGAGCGGAAGUAUUUCCUCGACACGGCCCCCCAUCUCUCGAAUUGGCUUCCGAUUAUGAUUCCGAUUGAUAAAUGGUGGAAAGCCCCAUACUUUUGGGCGGGAACAAAAUGUUAUGACUUCCUCGCAGGCUCGGAGAACAUUGAGAGCUCCUACUUCCUGACCCGAAGUAAGGCUCUUGAUGCAUUUCCGAUGUUGAAGAAGACCGGUCUGUUUGGAGCGCUUGUAUACUACGACGGAGCCCACAACGACUCUCGAAUGAAUGUCUCCCUGGCCAUGACGGCCGCCUUGUAUGGCGUCAAUGUUGUUAAUCAUAUGGAAGUCACUGGACUCGAAAAGAACGAAAAUGGACGGCUCUGUGGUGCAAAGGUCAAGGAUCUCGUCUCCGAGAAGAACGGUAAAAAGACGGACGAGUUCACCAUCAAAGCCAAGGGUAUCAUCAACGCGACUGGACCGUUUACUGACUCUAUUCGAAAGCUGGACGAGCAAAAGGUUCCAGAGAUUGUCUCGCCCAGCUCUGGAGUUCAUGUUAUUCUGCCUGGUUACUACAGCCCUUCACACAUGGGAUUGAUUGACCCCUCCACAUCUGAUGGUCGUGUUAUCUUUUUCCUUCCUUGGCAGGGCAACACUAUUGCUGGAACGACUGACGCACCGACUAAAAUCACCCCUAACCCUGUUGCCGGUGAAGAGGAAAUCAGCUGGAUUCUUUCCGAGAUCCGCGGAUAUCUUGGUCCUGAUAUUACCGUUCGUCGCAGCGAUGUCCUUGCCGCUUGGUCAGGCAUUCGACCCCUGGUUCGCGAUCCGGAAGCAAAGAAUACAGAGUCCCUCGUCCGAAACCACUUGGUCACCAUGUCUCCCUCGGGCCUCCUCACUUGCGCUGGAGGAAAAUGGACUACUUACCGUCAGAUGGCCGAAGAUACUGUCGACGAGGCGAUCAAGGCGUUCGACUUGAAGACUGGCCCCGUCCUUGAUGCUCCCAAGAUCAGCGGCACUGAAAUGAUCGAUGAUGGCGCGGCGCUUGACGGUUCUUGUCAGACACAUCAGGUUCGCUUGGUUGGUGCUCACGGCUAUUCGAAGACCCUGUACAUCAACCUCAUUCAACAUUUUGGAAUUGAGACCGACGUUGCCAAGCACUUGGCGGAAUCGUAUGGUGACCGAGCAUGGACGGUUGCAGCUCUCUCUACCCCUACCGACAAGCGGUUCCCCGAGCGUGGCAUCCGCAUUUCUGAGCAGUAUCCCUUUAUUGACGGAGAAGUGCGCUAUGCUAUGAAGCACGAGUACGCACAGACUGCCGUUGACGUGCUUGCUCGGAGAACCCGUCUCGCCUUCUUGAACGCACAAGCAGCUCUAGAGGCUCUGCCUCGCAUCAUUGAUAUGAUGGGCGAAGAAUUGAAAUGGGACAGCAAACGCAAAGCCUUGGAGUGGACAGACUCUGUCACAUUCCUUGGUUCUAUGGGUCUGCCCAAGGACAAACUCACCGUGACUCGCGCUGAGGUGGAGAAAGGCAAAGUGAUACGGCAUGAGUCGCCGGAGGCGAGCUUGAUUGCAAAGCCAGGUGAGUUUAAUAGAUUUGUCGACCAAUACAUCUGUAACAAUAGACUAAUGAAAAACCAGAGCCGUCAAAACAGACUCUUCCUACCGACUCCAAGUUUGAGUCAGGACACAACCCCGUUGUGGGAACCGAUUCCCCCGCGAAUAAAUAAAGCAAGCAAAAUAGUCUUACGAAUCUUCGAUAACUCCACCUUUUUUGGGGGUUUCGUUGUGUACAUUGUAUCUUUGGAUAUCCCUUGUAAUGAAACGAAUAGAUACUUGAAUAUGAUACUUUACAAUACUCCUUGA